AUGUCAAGCAUAAGUGAAGAAACUGAUUUAUAAAUAAAAACCAACGAUCUUGAGCCUUCUAAAACAAGAUCCAAUAGAAGAAAUUAAAAAGCUGGAGUACAAAAAGUAGUUUAACAAAUCAACAACAAAAGUAGAAUUGUAAAAAAGAGAUUGAAAAGAAGACGUCUAUAUUCAAAGGUAAAGCGAAGUGGUUUACGGAAAAUAAUACGGAUACCUGCAUGUGAAUAGUUUACAACAAGUGAAGAUAGGCUGAUUCUUUCUUCUGUAUUAAAACUUGGACCUAAAUUCAAAGUGAUUUCUACAUACUUUCCAUCAAAAUCACUCAGCACUGUCAAGAAUCGAUAUUACAAGUUUCUUAGAUAUAGAUGGAUCUAAAUUAUGGGGAAGUAAGUCAUCAAUCUAUAAUCUAGAGAUUACGACACAUUAUAUAAGGAGAGCCAAUAAUAGAGUUGCAUUCAGGAAGAAGAGAUAGUUGAGACAGUGCAAUUGUUUCCAGAAGUCAAAAGCAUUUUAAUGAACUUGUUUUCUAAUAUAAAAUCCUUAAUAUUAUAAUGA